AUGUCGACUACAAACAACAGACAAAAUAGUCAGGCCCCUGGCAAAUUGUUCCAAUUCAAGCUUGUUCUAUUAGGCGAAUCGGCGGUCGGCAAAUCAAGGUUGGUUUUGCUAUAUGUUAUAGUUUUACCAAUUACAAUAGAAAUUAUACUGGAUAGUUACUUGUUUAUAUUCAUUUAUGUUGGAGAUUUGAACGAUAUCUUGGUAUUGCGUUUUGUUAAAGACCAAUUCGAUGACUACAGGGAAAGUACCAUUGGAGCUGCGUUUCUUACGCAGACAAUUAAUCUAGAUGAAUCCACAACUGUAAAGGAUACGGCAGGUCAGGAACGUUAUAAGAGUUUGGCACCAAUGUAUUACAGAAAUGCAAAUUGUGCAGUAGUUGUAUAUGAUAUAACUCAAGCUUCGUCUCUGGAUAAAGCUAAAACGUGGGUAAAAGAAUUGCAAAGACAAGCUGAUCCGAAUAUCGUAAUUGCACUUGCUGGAAAUAAAAGCGAUCUGAGUGCUCGUAGAGCAAUCGAUUCUGAGGCUCGGACCUAUGCUUCAGAUACUGGUCUUUUAUUUUUUGAGACAUCCGCCAAGACAGCAUCUAAUGUCAAUGAAUUAUUUACAUCAAUAGCGAGACAAAUGCCACUUGAGCAAUUAGCUGCUAAUUCACGUGGACGAACAAGCGGCUUGAAGCAAAGAGGAGUUGAUUUGACGAACCCAACACCAGCUAGUAAUUGCUCAUGUUAA